AUGCCAGGCAAACAGUAUAAUCGUGCCCCCUCCCCUGAGGAACCGGAAGCUUUAGCGGGAGGGAAGUGCAAGUACACGCGCGCUCGAGACCGGCUGAGCGCUCAGAUCUGCAGCCAGGCCGCGCACUUCGCCUGGACCUACUGUGUGCCGUCUCUGUCUCUCUCUACUCUGUCCUCCACCUCCCGUCCCUGCCCCUUCCUAUCUCUGUCUCUCUCCACAGUCAAAAAAGCCAAGUUUGAUGGUGCCCAAGAGAAGUUCAACACAUACGUGACCUUGAAGGUGCAGAAUGUCAAGAGCACCACCAUCGCGGUCAGGGGCAGCCAGCCCAGCUGGGAGCAGGACUUCAUGUUUGAGAUUAACCGCUUGGACUUGGGGCUGACUGUGGAGGUGUGGAACAAGGGGCUCAUCUGGGACACGAUGGUGGGCACCGUGUGGAUCCCACUGCGGACCAUCCGCCAGUCCAACGAGGAGGGGCCUGGAGAGUGGCUGACCCUGGACUCCCAGGUCAUCAUGGCGGACAAUGAGAUCUGUGGUACCAAAGACCCCACCUUCCACCGGAUUCUCCUCGACACCCGCUUCGAGCUGCCUUUAGACAUCCCGGAGGAGGAGGCACGCUACUGGGCCAAGAAGCUGGAGCAGCUGAACGCCCUGAGGGACCAGGACGAGCUGGCCUUUCUCUCUGGCAACUGGAAUUAUUUUGGCUGGGGUGAGCAGCAGAAUGAUGAUCCCGACAGUGCAGUGGACGAUCGGGACAGCGACUACCGAAGCGAGACCAGCAACAGCAUCCCGCCCCCGUAUUACACCACAUCCCAACCCAACGCUUCCGUCCACCAGUAUUCCGUCCGCCCACCGCCCCUGGGCUCCCGGGAAUCCUACAGUGAUUCCAUGCACAGUUACGAAGAGUUCUCAGAGCCUCGGGCGCUGAGCCCCACGGGCAGCAGCCGCUACGCCUCGUCCGGGGAGCUGAGCCAGGGCAGCUCACAGCUGAGCGAGGACUUUGACCCGGAGGACCAGAGCCUGCAGGGCUCCGAGCUGGAGGACGAGCGUGACCGGGACUCCUACCACUCGUGCCACAGCUCGGUGAGCUACCACAAGGACUCCCCGCGCUGGGACCAGGACGAGGAGGAGCUGGAGGAGGACUUGGAGGAUGAUCUGGAGGACUUCCUGGAGGAGGAAGAACUGGAAGAGUUGGAGGAGGAGGAGCUGGAGGAGGAGGAGGAGGUGCCCGAGGAUAUUGAGCCGCUGGCUCGGGGCGGCUACUCGGAACGGGAGGAGCCGGCUGUGACUGAGUCCAAGGACUUCAAGCGCAUCAGCCUCCCGCCGCCGGCCACCCCUGAGAAGGACAAGGCUGCAGCCGCGCCGACCGACACCUCUGGAGGGGCCAAGGCAGUCCCAGAGCCCGUGGUGCCUGAGGAGGGGCCUCCAGAUGUAGGGAUCCCUGAGCCUGAGCCCCACAAAGCAGAGGAGAGUUUUAGGCCACAGGAUGAGGAGGGGCAGGACUCCAUGUCCAGGGCCAAGUCCAACUGGCUUCGAGCCUUCAACAAGGUGCGGAUGCAACUACAGGAGGCCCGGGGAGAAGGAGAGCUGUCGAAAUCCCUCUGGUUCAAAGGCGGCCCCGGUGGUGGCCUCAUCAUCAUUGACAGCAUGCCUGACAUCCGCAAGAGGAAGCCCAUCCCCCUCGUGAGCGACCUGGCCAUGUCCCUGGUCCAGUCCAGGAAAGCGGGCAUCACCUCAGCCUUGGCCUCCAGCACGUUGAACAAUGAGGAGCUGAAAAACCACGUUUACAAGAAGACCCUGCAAGCCUUAAUCUACCCCAUCUCGUGCACGACACCGCAUAACUUCGAGGUGUGGACGGCCACCACCCCCACCUACUGCUACGAGUGUGAGGGGCUGCUGUGGGGCAUCGCGCGGCAGGGCAUGCGCUGCACCGAGUGCGGCGUCAAGUGCCACGAGAAGUGCCAGGACCUGCUCAACGCCGACUGCCUGCAGCGGGCGGCGGAGAAGAGCUCCAAGCACGGGGCGGAGGACCGCACGCAGAACAUCAUCAUGGUGCUCAAGGACCGCAUGAAGAUCCGGGAGCGCAACAAGCCCGAGAUCUUCGAGCUCAUCCAGGAGAUCUUCGCCGUGACCAAGACGGCGCACACGCAGCAGAUGAAGGCGGUCAAGCAGAGCGUGCUGGACGGCACGUCCAAGUGGUCGGCCAAGAUCAGCAUCACCGUCGUCUGUGCCCAGGGCUUGCAGGCAAAGGACAAGACGGGAUCCAGUGACCCCUAUGUCACCGUUCAGGUUGGGAAGACCAAGAAACGGACCAAAACCAUCUACGGGAACCUGAACCCGGUGUGGGAGGAGAACUUCCACUUUGAAUGUCACAACUCCUCGGACCGCAUCAAAGUGCGUGUCUGGGACGAGGAUGAUGACAUCAAAUCCCGAGUGAAGCAGAGAUUCAAGAGGGAAUCAGAUGACUUCCUGGGGCAGACCAUCAUCGAGGUGCGGACCCUCAGCGGCGAGAUGGAUGUGUGGUACAACCUGGACAAGCGAACGGACAAGUCGGCUGUGUCAGGCGCCAUCCGGUUGCACAUCAGUGUGGAGAUCAAAGGCGAGGAGAAGGUGGCCCCCUACCACGUCCAGUACACCUGUCUGCAUGAGAACCUAUUCCACUUCGUGACAGACGUGCAGAACAACGGGGUUGUGAAGAUUCCAGAUGCCAAGGGUGACGAUGCCUGGAAGGUGUACUACGAUGAGACAGCCCAGGAGAUCGUGGACGAGUUUGCCAUGCGCUAUGGUGUCGAGUCCAUCUACCAGAAUAACUUCCCAGCCAGCAGCCCGGAGAGACUCCAGGACCUCAAAUCCACCGUGGACCUUCUCACCAGCAUCACCUUUUUUCGGAUGAAGGUACAAGAACUCCAGAGCCCACCCCGAGCCAGCCAGGUGGUGAAGGACUGUGUGAAAGCCUGCCUCAACUCUACUUAUGAGUACAUCUUCAACAACUGUCACGAGCUCUACAGCCGGGAGUAUCAGACUGAUCCGGCCAAGAAGGGAGAGGUUCCCCCAGAGGAACAGGGCCCCAGUAUCAAGAACCUGGACUUCUGGUCCAAGCUGAUCACCCUCAUCGUGUCCAUCAUUGAGGAAGACAAGAAUUCCUACACUCCCUGCCUCAACCAGUUUCCCCAGGAGCUGAACGUGGGUAAAAUCAGUGCCGAAGUGAUGUGGAAUCUGUUUGCGCAGGACAUGAAGUAUGCCAUGGAAGAGCAUGACAAGCACCGCCUAUGCAAGAGUGCCGACUACAUGAACCUCCACUUCAAGGUCAAGUGGCUCUACAAUGAGUAUGUGACGGAGCUUCCCUCUUUCAAGGACCGUGUACCUGAGUACCCUGCGUGGUUUGAGCCCUUUGUCAUCCAGUGGCUUGAUGAGAACGAGGAGGUGUCCCGGGAUUUCCUGCACGGAGCCUUGGAGCGAGACAAAAAGGAUGGGUUCCAGCAAACCUCCGAGCAUGCCCUGUUCUCUUGCUCCGUGGUGGAUGUCUUCUCUCAGCUGAACCAGAGCUUUGAGAUCAUCAAGAAGCUGGAGUGCCCUGACCCUCAGAUUGUGGGGCACUACAUGAGGCGCUUUGCCAAGACCAUCAGCAAUGUGCUUCUCCAGUACGCCGACAUCAUCUCCAAGGACUUUGCCUGCUACUGCUCCAAGGAGAAGGAGAAAGUGCCCUGUAUCCUCAUGAACAACACUCAACAGCUACGAGUUCAGCUUGAAAAGAUGUUCGAAGCCAUGGGCGGGAAGGAGCUGGAUGCCGAGGCCAGUGACAUUUUGAAGGAGCUUCAGGUGAAACUCAACAACGUCUUGGAUGAGCUCAGCCGGGUGUUUGCUACCAGCUUCCAGCCGCACAUCGAAGAGUGUGUCAAGCAGAUGGGUGACAUCCUUAGCCAGGUGAAGGGCACAGGCAAUGUGCCAGCCAGUGCCUGCAGCAGCGUGGCCCAGGACGCUGACAACGUGCUCCAGCCCAUCAUGGACCUGCUGGACAGCAACCUGACCCUCUUUGCCAAAAUCUGCGAGAAGACGGUGCUGAAGCGGGUGCUGAAGGAGCUGUGGAAGCUGGUCAUGAACACCAUGGAAAAGACCAUCGUCCUGCCACCUCUCACUGACCAAACGAUGAUCGGGACCCUCUUGAGAAAACAUGGCAAGGGAUUAGAAAAGGGCAGGGUGAAAUUGCCAAGCCACUCAGACGGAACCCAGAUGAUCUUCAAUGCAGCCAAGGAACUGGGCCAACUGUCCAAACUCAAGGACCACAUGGUUCGAGAAGAAGCCAAGAGUUUGACCCCAAAGCAGUGUGCUGUCGUCGAGCUGGCUCUGGACACCAUCAAGCAAUACUUCCACGCAGGCGGCGUGGGCCUCAAAAAGACCUUUCUGGAGAAGAGCCCGGACCUGCAGUCCCUGCGCUACGCGCUGUCCCUCUACACACAGGCCACUGACCUGCUCAUCAAGACCUUUGUGCAGACGCAGGCAGCCCAGGGCUCGGGCGUGGACGAUCCAGUGGGUGAAGUGUCGGUCCACGUGGAGCUAUUCACACACCCCGGAACCGGCGAGCACAAAGUCACAGUGAAAGUGGUGGCUGCCAAUGACCUCAAGUGGCAGACUUCGGGCAUCUUCCGGCCAUUCAUCGAGGUCAACAUUAUUGGGCCCCAGCUCAGUGACAAGAAGCGCAAGUUUGCCACCAAGUCCAAGAACAACAGCUGGGCCCCCAAGUACAACGAGAGCUUCCAGUUCACCCUGAGCGCCGACACGGGCCCCGAGUGCUACGAACUGCAGGUCUGCGUCAAGGACUACUGCUUCGCCCGCGAGGACCGCACCGUGGGGCUGGCCGUGCUGCAGCUGCGCGAGCUGGCCCAGCGCGGGAGCGCCGCCUGCUGGCUGCCGCUCGGCCGCCGCAUCCACAUGGACGACACGGGCCUCACGGUGCUGCGCAUCCUGUCGCAGCGCAGCAACGACGAGGUGGCCAAGGAAUUCGUCAAGCUCAAGUCGGACACGCGCUCCGCCGAGGAGGGCGGUGCCGCGCCUGCGCCCUAGCGCGGGCCAGGUGGGCGACACUGCGCCUGCGUGGAGU